AUCAACUUCAAGGUAUAAAACUAGAUCUUUGAUAAGUCAUAGCUUAUUCUGUUAACAGAACUCUCAUAUAUAUCAACCACUUCAAAUCAUUAUUGCUGGCUAAGAUACAAGUGUAAAGCUACAUUGUGCUUGGAAGUCUUCGAAAGUGACCACGUGGCCUUCCUACUUCUGCAUUUGUACUUUCUGACGCACAGUGAAUACUUCAGACAUGAUUUCUCCAACAUUUUCCAUUGAUUACUUGACGAGCAAGGAAAGUCGCCGCGGACUGAGACAGAACAGUUCUGGAAGUGAAGACAGCCUACGACAUUCUCCCGUCCCGAGUAUUACUAAUAGCUCGAGCGGAUCAGAGUCGGAAAAUCCGGAAUCCAUGGUGAAAGUGCUUCUAUCUUUGGACAAAUCCAUGAAGGCGAGCAUAGGGGACACUUCCGAUGCAAAACCUGCACAGUCCUACAUAGCUUUGAUUUCCAUGGCGAUACUGAGUUGCCCGUCACAGAAAAUGCUACUGUGUGACAUCUACCAGUACUUCAUGGAUAAUUACAGUUUUUAUAACAACACUAAUAAGGCUUGGAGGAACAGUGUCAGACACAAUCUGUCUCUGAACGAAUGUUUUGUGAAGAGAGGACGCUCUGAAAACGGUAAAGGGAACUACUGGUCCAUUCAUCCAGCAUGCAUCGAGGACUUUUCCCGUGGUGAUUUCCGGCGUAGACAGGCCAGAAGGCGGGCAAGAAAGAGCAUGAAGGAGGUGCACGAUUCUAUUUCUGGUUUUAGAGACGGUAAGCUAUACGUCCCUAUGACGUCGUCUGCGGUUGGGUAUAACAAAAUGCCGUAUCCCUACGCUCAGAACGGAGUGAGUGACGGCGGUAGUGUCGGGAUCUCGCCGCCAACGUCCACCCCAUCGUUUUUCCAACAAACGCCGCCACCCGAGUUGCACCACAUCUCCCACCCGUAUCUAUCACAGAACAUGGCUGCCUGGUAGUGGGGAACGGCAAAAUAAACUAACUUUCUGUUACUGAACUGAUGGGCUUCAAAACAUCAUGCAUAUAUUGUGAUUUGCCUGUGGAUUUGUGCUAUGUAUAGUCUUUUUUCAUGUAAUCUUGUACAUAUAAUAUAAUAUUUAAUUUAAACACGAUGUCAAAUUAACAUUAUCAAUUCACUAUUUUGAAGUCUGAUAAUUGUACGCCUGAUUUUUUAUUGUUUGCACGAUGCUAUACAUACAUCGACGAAAUAGAUUAAUAUAUUUGACGGAAUAGAUUAAUAUAUUUUGCAAUAUUCUAUCAAAAUAGUCUUUGCUUGAAAAUCCUAAUAUUACAGGACAAUAAUGAUAAUAGUAGGAAGGGAGAAUGGCGAUUAUAUUGGAAAGCAUUCAUAGAUUUAUUAUGUUAUUUAACAAAGUUAAGCACUGAAACUCCAUUUUGACCUUUGUAACAAUCUGUUAUUAUCCAUUUUAUUUAUCUUUUUCUUUUAUUACGUCGAUGAAAGUUUGACAUAAUUGUUCGUACAAAUGAAUGUGUCGCUAAUUAUGCUAUGGCCGACUGGAGGUAGAUACUUUCGUUCUGUACGCGGAGGAACAAGAAACACAAAGCGAAGGACUUCAGAUUUGCUAGAAGUUACUGUAGAGAUAUUUAUCAUUUUGUUUUCUCCUAAUCAGAACAUGGACUUUGUUCCAUUCAGUUUUAUCGUAUUUUACACACAGCAUCGUUUUAUUGAUACGCAAAAUCUAAAAUUUUAAUCAGUUUAUUAUAAUAAUGAUUUUGAAAUUCAAUUUGAAUAUUUUUGAUUUUAAAAGAAAAGUUGCCAUUGUUUUUAAAACAGUAUUCCGUUUCAGUUAAUUGUUUAAUAUCGCAAUCAAUGUACUGAUUAAUUGAUUUAUGUACACUUUUCAAAUUGUUUAAAGAAAUUAGGUAGAAAUAUAUAUAUAUAUGUUUGAAUUGUUAAUUAAUAUUAUCAUAAUAUAUUGUGCAAUAUUUUUUCUACACUGAUACAAGUUUUAAACUACUUGCCUUUUCUGAAAAAAUACAUGUUUCAAUUGAAAUAAUAAAUGUUAUUGAGCAAA